AUGAAGAAUGAGACAUUUGUUCCAUAUUUUUACAUUUUGCCAUUUUCUGGAGAGUCAAGUAAUAAAACGCUCAUUACCACUUUCUUCUUCUUGAUAUAUUUGGUUGGAGUCCUUAUCAAUUCUUCCAUUAUCACAGUCAUAUGUCGGGAAGUUCAGUUACAUGAACCAAUGUAUCUCUUUAUCUGUAAUUUGUCCACUGUAGACAUAUUAUUUACAUCAGUCACGGUUCCUAAAUUACUGCACAUCUUAUUGUCUGGAAACCAGAUUGUUUUCUUCUCACAAUGUUAUACUCAAUUGUACUUUUCAAUUACAGUGAUGUCUGCAGAGGACAUACUUCUCUUCAUUAUGGCUUAUGACCGAUAUGUUGCUAUCUGCCUCCCCUUACAUUAUCAUCGGAUCCUGAAUAGGAGAAAUUGCAUCCUGAUAACUAUUGGGAUAUGGACAGCUGCCUUUUUAAACUCUAUUGUCUUUGUAAUAUCAAUUUUAAAAAUGUCCUCCUGUCACUCCAACGUCAUCCAUCAGUUCCACUGUGACACUAAAUCACUAACUAAGACCACAUGCACAACCACAGAAAUGUUUUUUGUAUUAACUAGUAUAGAGAUUUUGAUAUUUGUGAUUAUUCCAUUGAUGGGCACUAUUAUUUCUUAUGUUAACAUUUUCUCCAUCAUCUUCAGGAUGAAGUCAAAGGAAAGCCGAAAAAAAGCCUUCUCCACCUGCUUGUCCCACAUCACCGUCAUCUCAAUUUAUUACGGGGCAACCUUAAUAGAAUAUCUGGUACCAAUUUCCUCUGAUAUUCUGGAUUCCAUCUUUAAUAUAACAUAUACAACCAUCAUCCCCAUGAUAAAUCCUAUCAUAUACAGUCUACAGAAUUCCAAUGUACAAUCUGCAUUGCUCAGGCUAGUUAAGGGAAUGUGGUCUUUAAAUUGA